GUACGAGGUUAUAGCAACAAUUGUUGAUUGGUUCUGAAUGGGGAAUAAGUUGGGACGAAAGGGACAUCUUGUGGACGAGAAGUACACCCGGCCUCAAGGGUUGUAUGAACACAAAGAUGUUGAUCACAAGAAACUUCGUAAACUAAUACUUGAAUCUAAGCUAGCUCCUUGUUAUCCUGGUGCCGACGAUGACUGUAGUUUUGAUCUUGAUGAGUGCCCGAUUUGCUUCUUGUAUUAUCCAAGUCUGAAUCGUUCAAGAUGCUGCAUGAAAGGCAUUUGUACAGAAUGUUUUCUGCAGAUGAAGCCUGAUUCAACAAUUCUGUCACAAUGUCCCUUUUGUAAGACCUUUAAUUAUGCUGUGGAGUAUAGAGGGGUGAAGACUAAGGAGGAAAAGGGGUUGGAGCAAAUUGAAGAACAACGGGUGAUCGAUGCGAAAAUAAGAAUGAGGCUGCAAGAAAUUCAAGAUGAAGAAGAAAGGAUGCAAAGGAGACAAGAUAUGAGUUCUUCAAGUGGAAUUAUUGUUGGUGAGGAAAUUGUUUCUACUCAACCGCUAGGUGGUUCUGUAGUUACAAAUCCUUCAGGCACUUGGCAGAACAGAAAUGAUGAAUUUGAUCUUGAGAACAUAAUGCUUAUGGAAGCCAUCUGGCUCUCCUUUCAGGAGGACAUCAAACACCACUAUAACUAUGGUGAUGCAGCACAACUAGCAAGAUAUGCAUCAGAAGUUCAUGUUUCAGCAGCUGUAGCCCCGCAGACUGAAUCAACGUCAUCCCCAUUGCCUUUUGGUGGCCUAGCAUGUAUAAUGGCAACCCUUGAUCAACACCAAGCAGGGGUAGAAUCGUCAACUUACCAAAGGAGUAUGUCAAUGUGCAACACGCGAUAUGAAGAUUCGGUCACAACAGAUGAAACGGACAUGAUUGAUGGGAGUUUUGAAGAGCAGAUGAUGGUAGCCAUGGCUGUUUCACUAUCUGAAGCUUUGCAAUAA